CACCCGCCAGAGGCCCGCGCGCCCGGCGCCACGCGAGCGCCAAAAACCCUAAGCACGCGCUCACACGGCGCGGCACCCGCAACCCCACCCCACCCGGCGCCCGAGCACAAAACCCUAACCCCCCAUCCCGCCUCCGCUAUUAAAGCGUGCGUCGAAGAAGCCGCUGCGGCUCGGCGACCGCAUCCGCAUCUCCACCCCUUCUUCACCGCUCGCGCACACGGCAAAGGCAGCGAUGGCGACGGCGGCGGUGGCGGUUGGUGGACCCGACAGGAUGGCGGCUUCGGCGUCGUCGGCGACGGCGGCCGGGCUCACUGGCGCUGUUGCCGCCCAGAGGUUGCUGAGCCUGCUGGCUCUUGCGAUUCAAGCUGUAAACAAUGGAGUGGAAAUAUUGAAUGAAGACCAGAAGGAAAUUUACAAGCUACUUGCUAGAACUAAAUCUGAAAAAGUUCCUGAGAAUAAGGAUGCUGGGUCAGAUGACGACGAUGAUGACGACGAUGAUGACGACGACGAAGAUGAGGAUGAUGAAGGGGGUGAUGAUGAUGACGAUGCUGAGGAGUCCUCUGGGGAUGAAGGGGGUGAUAAUGAUGAUGACGAUGAAGAUGACCCCGAAGCUAAUGGUGAAGGAGGGAGUGAUGACGAUGAUGAUGGGGAUGAUGAUGACGAUGACGACGAGGAUGGUGAGGAUGACGACGACGACGAGGAUGGUGAGGAUGACGACGAUGACGAUGAGGAGGAUCAGCCGCCAGCCAAGAAGAAGAAGUGAUUCGUCAAUUACAUCUGCAUCCACCUCCUUGGCUGCUACCUUUGUUGUUUAGAUGAUGAGGUAGAUGUAGCUUUGUCAGUGUCUCAAUAGUGUAGGAAAAUUUGACAUCUGAUGUUAAAUUGUUAUCUUGUGUUUUCCCCUUUGUGCAUGAAGUCUUAAUUGUGUGUUUUGGGUGGGGGUCAUUUACAAUUAUUGGAGCUGUGAUUCUGUGUCAUGCCUUUCAAUCUCA